AUGGUCCUUCGAAAGUGCACUAUCUGUGAUCGCCGGUUCAAGAAGACAGAGCAUUUCAAACGCCACGAGCGGUCACACACCAAAGAACGUCCCUACGAAUGCAAUGUCUGUCACAAAAGUUUCUCUCGAAGCGAUGUCCUGAGUCGCCAUGCGAAAGGCCAUAAUCAACCCGGCGCGACCGCUGGAACCAAGCCGAAAGAUUCGACAGCAAAUCAGAAACCCAACCAACAACCCGGCUCUAUAUCCGGGGCGUCGCCGAUGGCAGCUGGCUCCGGCAUAGAGAAUGGAACACAUCUAUUACCCACCAUUGGUGCGGACGGGCAUCAACUCCCCAAUGUGCCAAUGCCGCGUGAUAUGUCGCUUUCGACCCCUGCUAUGCCCCAUUCCCCAUUAGACUUUCUUGCAAACAUAUCGGCUCAACAUGGUCGGGCUGAUUCCAAUCUCCAUCCCAUGUUGCUAGAUGAACAGCAGCCUUACUUCGGCUGGAACGAGGUGACUCCUGCAGAUCAAUCAAUGCAGCAGAUUGGCGCGGGAUUUGAGGAUGUACCAAGCGACAUGCUGCAAUUAUGGCUUGAGCCUCGUACCGAUGGAGGAUCCAAUCACGGAUCCCUGGAUUUGGGCCACUUCCCGUUGAUGGGAGAGAAGAUGUCGAUGACACCGGAUCAAAAUCGGCAUUCCGUUGACAGUGGCAGAUCUGGGUCUGAUAAUAUUCCCAACGAAAGAUUUGCCAAGGUCCAGCGAUGCUGGCUAGCGCCGCCUAAUCUUACUGGUCGGCUAAUGAAUAGCCUAUGGCGAGAUAUUGUGUACACCAACGUCGACAACGUCUUUUCCAACAGAUCUUCGACGCUUCUCAAUGACACAAAUUUACUUCAGGGGUCACGAUAUGGAAUUGAUGACGAAUGCAGACGUUCGCUGCAGGCUGCCUUUUCCCAAACGCCAUAUUCCUUUCCACAUAUGCAGUCGCCGGGAACUAAUGUGCCUUCUCCUGCUUUGUCGGGUUCCACUUCGAACCAAUUUUCUCAUUUCCCCCCAGCGGAGGUUUUGGAUAUGGCGUUAGACCUUUUCUUUCGCACAUUUCACCCUCUUGUUCCCUUUGUUCAUAUCCCAACAUUUUCUGCAAAGAAAACCCGACUACCACUCCUCUAUGUAAUGUGUCUCCUCGGAAUGAUGCUUCUGGGAACACAAGGCACGGCCGCGUUUGUCCUGAAAAACUUCACGCAUGUGCUUGAGAAGAUCACCGCUGAGCUGGCCAAAUGCACUAUGGGGGUGGAGAGCCCGGCCAAUACCAUGUCCAUCUUUGCCACUACCUUUCUAUUUUUGAAUCUGGCCGUUUUGACAGGAGAGAAAUCUCAUUUGGAACAGUGCCAAAUGCUAUAUGUCAACCUCAUGUCGAUCACCCAACGGCAUGGACUCUUUGCUGCAAGCGAAGGCCAAAUACUUGAUAUGAGUCUUUUUGAAGGUGUUCCUGACAUUGACAUGCGAUGGAAAGCCUGGAGCAAAGUGGAAUCUACGAAAAGGGUUAUCAUUGGCCUUCUUCUUCUAGAUUCUUGGUACUCCUCACUGCUUUCAACAAGUCCGAUUGUUGCCCCCGAGUCAAUACAAAUCAUCAUGCCCUGUUCCGAAGCUCUGUUCCGUGCGCAUUCAUCAAUGCGCUGGACUCAACUCAUCCGCGGUGGCAAACGAAUCCUCAUGUCAACGGUGCUGGCGCCGUCUGAAAACAUCAAUAUCCCAACCCUAGAAGGCCCAAUGGAUGAAUUCAGCAUCCAAGCGGUGCUGGCAAUGGUCCAGCUUCGUCAAUCAGAAGCGUACCACCGCCUUCUCUCCAACCGUGCCAGCUACCCCUUCGCACCCUGUCAUACCUACGCCAUGGACGGCCGGGCCCGAUCUCUUCCAUCCCUCCAAUCACAAAUAACAAAUCAAUAUGGGGAAUCCCUUCUCCAAUUCAGCCCCAACGCCCUUGUCAUGUGGCACCACAUGUGCAUGACCCUGACCGCCGAUAUUCAGAUCUUCGAGUUCGCGGCCGGUCGUUGUGGUGCUGCUCCAGCAAGGAAGGCCCUCGAUGAUAUUGCCGAGUGGUCACAGACCCCCGCUGCUAGACGAGCUUGCUUGCAUGCAGCACAUAUUUAUAAAGCCAUGAUCAACCGCAAAGCAUCUGACCACCCAACCUUCCAUUCCGUCUUUGCUGUGUUCUCCGCUGCCCUUGUACUGGGUCUGUACACUUUCAUGGUCCCCAGCUCCUCGAACGCGGCAUCUAGUGUUGGAAGCAUUGAUUUGAUGGACGAUGUGGACUGGCAACAAGUCGAAACAGAAGGGUUCACCAGCUUCAUGGAACCAAGAGGAAGCCAAUCAUUCUCGCCAACGGAUGAUCCUGUUGUGAAUUUCAUUCGCAAUGGUGCCACGAUUUACCUUCGUGGUGUGCCUUUACAAGGUGGGUAUCAAUCAGCCCGGAGGAUUCUGCUCGAUUAUGCCAGCCUUCUUAAGGACUCGGGUAAAUGGAGUGUGAAGAAGUUUUCAUAUGUGCUUCAUAUUAUGAGUGACGUUUUGAUGGAUGUGGAAUAG